UUCCUGCAACUCCUGUGCUUCUGCACUCCUGGACAGGAUUUCUUCUCUCUCCAUGCAGACGGAAUGGAGACUGGGGUGUUGGCUGAAGAGUUGACUUGCAGUGUGUGUCUGGGGUUGUUCCAGGACCCUGUGGUAUUGCCCUGCCAGCACAGUUUCUGUACCAAAUGCAUCAGCGAUGCCUGGGACCAUUCAGGGACUCUGCAUGAAGUCAACUGUCCUCAAUGUCGGAAAACCUUCAACCCCAGACCCAGCCUGGUGAAAAGCCACACGCUGCAGAACAUCGUGGAGAAAUACAUCCAGAGCCAGGCUGCCACGGCUGCUGUUACUGCCACAGAUGCCCAGUCGGCCACCGUGAUGUGUGAGUACUGCAUCGACACCCCAACCCCAGCUGUGAAGACCUGCCUCAAAUGUGAAACCUCCUUCUGUUCCCUCCACCUGCAACCGCACUUGACCAAGCAGAUUUACAAAGAGCACAGUCUGAUCGAGCCCAUUGCUGACCUCACAAGAAGGCAGUGCCCAAGUCAUAAGAAGGUCCUUGAGUUCUACUGUGAGCAGGACGAGGAAUGUGUGUGUAUAUCCUGUACCGUCAUAGGGAGUCACAAGUCCCACAAUCUGCUCAGUCUGGAGGAGGCGCAAGACAAAUUAAAGGAGAAAUUGAAGAACAAGGUUGAGAAUAUCCAUAUGAUUCAGAAGGAUUGGUCUAGUGAACAUCAAGAUCUGGAGCAAGCAGAAAUUGAAGUUAAGAGACGCAGUAAGGAACUGAAGGAGAAACUGUCGACGGUUUUCUCCAAAUGGAGGAAGCAGUUGGAAGAAGAUGAGAAGUCGGCACUGAAGCUGAUCGAUGAGGAGGAGCAUCGAGCGGUCUCCGAAAUCAAGAGCUGCUCUGAUUCACUGAUAAAAAAGAUGGAAGAAAUUGAACUAAUAGACAAGGAAGCCCAGGAUCAAGAGCAGAAGGACCCUCUCUCCUUUCUUCAGGACGUGAAGCAGCUUCUCUCGAGAUAUUCUCAACUUCAACUAUCCCAAGCUACCAUUAAAAAACAGGAGAUAAAUACUGUCCCUGCAGUUAACUCCUCUGGCUUAUUAUUCAAUUUUGCUGGAAACUUGGAACAAAACACUCACAGAAAGACGUUAAGUAGUAUGUUAAUGCAGUCCAACAGAGGUUCACUAUUUCAAUCUUCCCAAGCUAUCACUGAAAAACAGAGUGGAAAUCCUUUUGAAGUGGUUUCGAAUCCUGUUUCAUUUUUUGGUGGAAAUUUGGGACAAAAUGCUCCAGGACAGCACAUGCAGCCCAACAGAGGUACAAAGUCACAGCGUAUUACCCUGAACCUGUCCAGUGUCACCUCUGUUAUCCAGGAGAUAUUCCGGGAAUACCAAAAGCACCAGACAACCAUAUUGGAAGCACUAAAAUGAUCUCACUGAAUAAAUUGACCACAGACUAAAUGGGAUUCCCCCAGAAAAUGGCUGUAAAGAAACUGCAUCAGGAUUGCAACUCAAUUUCUACUCUUUGGAUUCAAUAUGCUGAACAGAAAGCCCCUUUUUUGUAUCCGUUACUUUUCUUUAGCUGGUUUACUUAUCCUGAUGUUACUGAACAUAGUUUUUCUCAGUUUUCUGAUAUGUCCACUUAAAGUGAGGGGAAGCACAUCACAAUCCACUUGCUCAAUCAUAAUGUAGGCUUAUCGUGGAUAGAGAAGGUUUUUGACAUGGGGUUUGAUGAAGUGGGGGGGGGGGGGGAUUCAUUAGUAAGGGAGCUUCUGCAUUGGUCUGCAGAUCAGUAGGAUGUAGAUUCAAUUCCCACUCCCGACAGCUGAGCAAAAUAUCUAGGCUGAUGUUUCUGUACAGUACUGAUAGAAUGCAACACCAGAGAUGUCGUUCAAAUCAGACGUUAAAGCUCAAAUCUUUUCCCAGAUGAGUAUAAGAGACAACAGAAUGCUUCAAAGAAGAACACAAGGGUUCUUUCUUGGAGAACAAACAAUUUGCUGGAGGAACUCAAAGGGUCAAGCAGAUUGUUUGUUGCUCCAGAUUCCAGCAUCUGCAGUAUCUUGUGUUUCUGAUUCUUCCUUGGGGUUCUGGCCAAGAUUUAUCCCUUCAUUGAAACAGGUUGUCUUGUCGUUCUGUCAUUGUUUGCGGGAGCUUUCUGUGCACAAUUUGGAUGUGGCAUUCCUCACAUAAGAAGGUUGACCAAUCUUGGAAAUUACAUAAUUGCUGGUAAACUGCUGUGAGAGUGAAAGGUGUCAUCGAAAUGCAACUAUUCCAAAUCUACAGGAGGAACUCAGUGGGUCGAGCAGCGUCUGUGGAGGGAAAGGAAUUGUCGAAGUUUGGGGUUGAAACCCUGUAUCUCCCCUGAGUUCCUCCUGCAGUUCCUUUUUGCUCUAGAUUUCAGUAUCUGCGGUCUCUUGAGUCUGUCAUUUUUGCUGGGAAUGUCUCUUCCUUAAAACAAGAUGGCAUAGGUUUAAGAUCAGAGGCGAGAGAUUUAAAAAGGGACAUCAGGGGCAGCUUCUUCACGCAAAGGGUGGUGCAUAUUUGGAAUGAGCUGCCAGAAAUAGUGGUUGAGGUGGGCACAUUUAAAAGCCAUCUGGAUAAGUACAUGGCUAGAAGAGGUUUAGAGGGCUAUGGGCCAAACAUGGACAGAUGGGACUAGCUUGCUAGGCAACACAGUCGGUGUGGACCAGUUGGGCUGAAGGGCCUGUUUCCGUGCUGUAUGACUCUGUGACUCUAAGAAGCAACAGAAGCUGAGAGAAAUAGAAAUAUUAAUUCACAUACAUUAUACUUAAGCUUUUAAAUCUUUCAAAAAUAAAGAGUAAAUAA